GUCUCAUUUCGUUUCGUUCAGAGGCUUCCUCCUGCACCGCGGCACACGGGCAUCGUCGGGAUGGAGUUAACGGAAGCUUUCGUAAUAUUUCAGUUGGGCUGGCCUCGCAUGCAUCACUUGUUCGCUCUCCUUUGUGUUUUCGCCGUCGUGUAUAAAUUAACUAUCUUGAUCGUCAAAAGAAAGGCUACGUUUCGAAGCAUUGAAGCUUUUCCAGGACCGCCGGGACACUGGCUCUUUGGACAUGUUUUGCAGUUUAAACAAGAUGGGAAAGACUUUGAGAAGAUAGUGAAAUGGGGUCAAGAGUACCCAUAUGCUUUCCCGCUGUGGUUUGGUCCCUUUGUUUGUUUCCUCAACAUUCACCAUCCAGAUUAUGUAAAAACCAUACUGACAUCAACAGAACCAAAAGAUGAUUUGGCAUAUAGGUUUAUUGAGUCUUGGAUUGGGGAUGGUUUAUUGGUAUCUAAAGGUCAGAAGUGGUUUCGCCACAGACGGCUCCUGACACCAGGUUUCCACUAUGAUGUUUUGAAAGCAUAUGUAAAAUUGAUGUCAGAUUCCGCUAAAACUAUGUUGCACAAAUGGGAAAGUUAUGCAACCACCAAUGAGUCCUUUGAAUUGUUUGAACACGUGAGUCUCAUGACACUGGACAGCAUCUUGAAGUGUGCAUUCAGCUACAGCAGCAACUGUCAGACCGAGAGUGGAACAAAUACAUACAUCAAAGCAGUGUAUGAACUCAGUGAUCUGAUUAACCUGCGGUUCAGGACAUUUCCAUACCACAACGACCUCAUUUUCUACCUCAGCCCACAUGGCUUUAGAUACAGGAAAGUGUGCAGGGUGGCUCACAGUCAUACAGAGGAGGUUAUAAGAAAGAGGAAAGAAGCACUAAAGCAAGAGAAGGAGCUGGACAACAUACCGGCCAAGAGAAACUUGGACUUUCUGGACAUUCUUCUUUUUGCAAGAGAUGAGAAACAGCAGGGUUUGUCAGAUGAAGAUCUACGAGCAGAAGUGGACACCUUCAUGUUCGAGGGCCAUGACACCACAGCCAGCGGCAUCUCUUUCAUCCUCUACUGUCUUGCCUGCCACCCAGAACACCAGAAGAUUUGCAGGGAUGAGAUCAUUGAGGCCCUACAUGGCAAGGACACCAUGGAGUGGGAGGCUCUUAAUAAAAUUCCAUACACUACAAUGUGCAUAAAAGAAUCCCUCCGUCUUUACCCUCCCGUACCAGGAAUGUCCAGAAAACUCACCAAACCCAUGACCUUUUUUGAUGGAAGGACUGUGCCUGAAGGUUGUCAUGUUGGAACAACUGUGUUUGGGAUUCACAGGAAUGCAGCCGUUUGGGAAAACCCUGAUGUCUUUGACCCACUGCGCUUCCUGCCAGAGAAUGUCUCCAAAAGGUCACCUCAUGCAUUUGUGCCAUUCUCAGCUGGGCCAAGAAACUGCAUUGGUCAGAACUUUGCCAUGAAUGAGAUGAAAGUGGUGAUAGCCCUGACACUUAAGAGAUAUCAUCUGAUUGAGGACCCCAGUUGGAAACCCAAGAUAAUUCCUAGACUGGUGCUCCGCUCACUCAAUGGCAUCCACAUUAAAAUCAAGCCCGUAGAGCCACAAAUGUAAAGGGAAAUAACUGUGUUGAAUACUGUGAAACUGGAAAUUCCACUUCAAUGAGGGAAUCAUUAAAUUAUCUUUAAUUUCUAAUAUUUUAACUAAGCUUUUACACUAAUAUAUAACUUAACAGAUAAUGAUGAACUGUGGAAUAUUUUAUGUAUUGACUAAAUAUGCCUUUGGGGAAUUAACUUGCUGAAUAAUAAGUUGAUAUUCUUUUUUUCUCUUUCUGUAACACUUUGUAGUGAGACAUUUUUGAAUAUAGCGAAAAAGUACCUUCAUUUUGGUUUGACAUUUGCACUUACUGUAAUCCAUUUGUAACAAAUAUCAAAUGUUGAAGUAAUAUUUUCCUUUCAUUUGUAAAUACAUUAUCAAUUUACUUUUUAACUGCCCUUUUUCAAAGUUCAUGAUGAGUAGUGUGAAAGUUCAAUUUUUGUUUCUAUAAGCAGUACCUAAACAUUAACAGGAUUUACUGUCAUUGUGUGAAGGUUCCUGCUUGACCUGCAACUGAUUUGUUAAGUGUCCCAUGAACUCAUUUAAAUCAGGUCCAAUGUACUCCUGAGACAUCUGUUAACCUGCAUGAUAAAGUCUUGGGAAGGUGUAGUAUGCAACACAAUAGGCUCUAAAUACACGGGAUCACCAUUGUUCUCAGUCUAUGCUGUUUGCUCAUGAGCCAUCAAAGCACUUGCUCUAAGAGGACAUUUCAUCAAGUAUAAAUUUGGAAUACAGACAGUUAAUUUUAGUCAAAGUUCAAUGCAACAUUAAUUACUUACAGCUGAAAACACUGUUGAGUUUUGAGUCAAAAGUAAUUCAUUUUUUAUUUACAGUCAUAUGAUUACAAAAUCCACAGGCCCACAAGGACAAAAAGUCACCAGCACAGUUUGUAAAAAUGAAACACCUCGUCUUUCCUUGAUCUCUGAUCUUCAACCUUUUACUGAUUUAAAGAUCCCAUGAAAUGGCCACUUGAUCAUGGAAAACUGCUCUUUCUGGAACAGUGCAUCUUUAUGUAUGACCACAUGCCUGUUCUUUAAACUCAACCCACCUUUCAUACAUAACUACAAGCCCAGUUACACCACGGCUCAAGGUCCAAUAUCCCACCUUACACCCUCUUUCAAAAGGAAACAGAAAUGUGUAUCGUGGUGGCCUUGUGGUUAAAAUGCAUUUUGUACAUUGUAACCACAGUGCCUUGUGUGAUUACAGCUAGGUACCUUUGUUGCAGGUCACUGCCUCUCUUGUCUACCGUCUACCUUUGAAUAAAAGCAAAAAAGUAAAUGUACCAUUUCAUGGGACCUUUACUUGACUUCGAGUACAUGGUUAACCUCA